AUGAUGAAACUGACAGGCCUGCGACACAGCUUUUUGCGAAAACCGCCCUCUUGGACAUGUGUCCAAUGUAGAGCCAAUUCCUCUGUCGCAUCCCGCUCCUCAUCUCCGCCCUCCGUCCGCAACAACAAAAAACUUGUCCCAGACAAGCCCGCCAGGACGCGUUUUGCUCCUUCACCCACUGGAUACCUGCAUCUCGGCUCCCUUCGAACGGCUUUGUUCAAUUACUUGCUGGCAAGACGCACUGGCGGCCAAUUCCUCCUGCGCCUUGAAGAUACAGACCAGAAGAGGACUAUACCGGGAGCGGAGGAGCGACUAUAUAGCGAUCUCCAAUGGGCCGGCUUACAAUGGGAUGAAGGACCCAUUGUUGGGGGUCCAUAUGGCCCGUAUCGACAGUCAGAGAGAACAUCUUUCUACCGGAAACAUGCAAAUGACCUCGUUCAUUCCGGGCAUGCUUAUCGCUGUUUCUGCAGCGCCGAGCGCCUAGAUAUGCUUGCUAGACAGCGCAAUGAAGCGGGUCUUCCGCUCGGAUACGAUCGCCAAUGUAUCGAUAUACCUCCUGAGGAGGCAGAAGAACGUGCCGCCAACGGUGAAACACAUGUUGUUCGGUUGAAAGCUGAUGGGUACCCGAUGUUUAAUGACAUCGUAUUUGGAAAGACGGGGCAGAAUCUGGAUGGUGGGAAGAAGCAUUGGAAGACAGUCAAUCGUGUAUACGAUGAUCCCAUUCUCUUGAAGUCUGAUGGGAAUCCUACAUAUCACCUGGCGAAUGUCGUGGAUGACCACAACAUGGAGAUUACGCAUGUCAUUAGGGGAACAGAAUGGCUGGCAUCGACUCCAAUGCACGUUGCCCUCUACCAGGCGUUCAACUGGACGCCACCUCAGUUCGGCCAUGUACCCCUUCUGGUUGACCAGAAUGGCCAGAAACUGAGUAAACGCGACGCAAACAUUGAUAUUUCGUUCUACAGAGACAGCGGUAUCUUGCCUUCCACGCUCCUCAACUAUGCCGCUUUGUUGGGGUGGUCGCAUUCGUCGAGAUCCGAGGUCUUUUCACUGAAAGAUAUGGAGAAAAUCUUCACGCUGAAAAUAACCAAGGGCAACACGAUCGUCAGCCCAGAAAAGAUGUGGUUUCUUCAGAAAGCGCACGCAAAGCGAUCUGUGGCCGAAAAUGGUCCUGAAUUCAAACAAUUGAUCGACGACGUCGUUGAAGCAGUGGGCGAGAGGGGGAACAUUCGAGAUAACAUAUCGAUCAAGGACACUGUGACAUCUCUACUUCGACAUGACGGUGGCCAUUUCACAACACCAACUCAAUUCCUGGAACGAAACUGGUCCUUUUUCUCAAAGGCUCUCACUCGUACUCCAUACUCACUACAAAGCAAAGACGACCUACAACUGGGAACAUCAGAAUCUCCCAUCUCCGUUCUGCACACCGUGGCCACAACCCUAACCCUUGUUCCCGAAAGCCACUGGAAUGUCGAAACUCAUCGUACAAAUCUGGACUCCCUCCAGUAUACCAACAAGGCUUUUAAAAAGGAGCUUUACAGCUACCUUCGUUGGGCUCUUCUUGCCGGCGCAUCUGGCCCGGGAGCUCCACAGACAAUGGAGAUACUGGGAAGGAACGAAACCAUACGACGACUGGCGGAGGCUAGAGAGUCGAAUGGGAUUGAUGGGAAAACACGAAGGGGGAGGAUAAAAUUGCAUUAA